GCAGACAUGCCGGCCUCCAUCCCUGCCUUCUCAUGACUCCUCAAUAAUCGCAGAGGAUUUAUUGAUUAAGAUGAUGAGGAACUCUGAACAUUAAGCCGGGAUUACUUUUUUUCUAUUCUUUGUUUUCACGCGGCUCUAUGCAGAAAUUAAACACACUGAGAAAUCAGGGACACUGUGGACCUUCAGUGUUAACUGACAUCUAUUCUUAUGUGCUUUCUUUCAAUUUAACUCCGAAAGAAAUCCCUGCCGAAGCGUCUGCAGACAUGGGUCGCCAAGAGGCUGAUUAUAUGUGGAAGAAGGACACCGAUAACAUCCAGGAGAUCUUUGACUUCAUGGAAGAGUUGGGAUCUGGGGCCUUCUCAGAGGUUUACAUGGUGAAGGAGAAGAAGACGGGAAAGACGUUCGCCAUGAAGUGUGUGAAGAAGAAGCAGAAGAGGGAUCUCAAUCUGGAGAAUGAGAUAGCUGUGCUCAGAAGAAUCAAACACGACAACGUUGUGGGGAUGGAGGAUUUCUACGAAAGUCGGACCCAUUACUAUCUUGUCAUGCAGCUUGUUUCAGGCGGUGAGCUCUUUGACCGGAUCCUGGACCGGGGGAUGUACUCAGAGAAAAAUGCCAGCAGCGUGAUUCAGCAGGUGCUGCAGGCCGUCAGUUAUCUGCACCAAAACGGCAUCGUGCACCGUGACCUCAAGCCAGAGAACAUCCUGUACUACAGCCAGGAAGAAAACUCCAAGAUCAUGAUCAGUGACUUUGGCCUGUCAAAGAUGGUAGACAACGGCAUCAUGUCAACAGCCUGCGGCACUCCAGGAUACGUAGCUCCUGAAGUUUUGGCACAGAAGCCCUACAGCAAGGCAGUAGACUGCUGGUCUAUUGGAGUUAUCACCUACAUCUUACUCUGUGGAUAUCCCCCAUUUUAUGAAGAAAGUGAGACCCGACUCUUCUCCAAGAUCAUGAAGGCGCAGUAUGAGUUUGACUCACCCUUCUGGGAUGACAUCUCUGAAUCUGCGAAGGAUUUCAUACGUAACAUGAUGCAGAAGAAUCCCAACAUGCGCUACAGCACAGAUCAGGCGCUCAGACAUCCCUGGAUUAUCGGAAAGACAGCCCGGAGCCACGACAUCUACUAUUCCGUCAGCGUUCAGAUCCAAAAGAACUUUGCCAAGUCCAAAUGGAAGCAAGCCUACAAUGCUGCUGUAGCCAUCAACCACAUGAAGAAGCUGCAGCUGGCCCACUCAGAGCUGGUCCUGAGGCAGGCCAGCAUCCCAGACAUCAAGGUGAUCGACGUGUCCUCCCCGAUGAAAAACCGCAAACACCUCAACCCUGACAAGCUUGAUCCCAAAGUGGAGGAGGUCAACGGGAACAUACCCGCGGCACAGCAUAUGUCGCUGCCUCUGAGCCAUGUCGAACUAAAGAGCCACUUCCACACGCUGAAGGCCAGUCAGAGCCAGAGUGGCGGACACCACACGCCCACUAUAGCCGAACAGGGGAAGCAUGUCUACCACUCAGAGCCCGCCAACCUCAAUGGGUACGGCAAAAACCGUAACAGCAAGACGAUACAGACCGGAGUUUGCUCAGUCAUGUAAAGGCUUCAUGGAAGUUCACAUGGAAGAAAAGCAGCUUACUUGGUCAGUGUCGCUGAGUUCACUCAGCAUGCAGCUGUUUUGUGUCAGCAGCUCUCCCGGUACUGAGAAAGAGCAGUGGCUGAUACUUGGAUGGACCCGAGCGGUCUACGAGAUCCACUGUGGGACAUAUUGUCUUAGGAGGAGUGCCUAUGAAGUUUUUCAACACAGUUACACACCGAGAUGCACAAGACACACUUUAACUCAGACACACACAGCGUUUUAGACAGUAUUCAAGGGGUUAUCGUGCUUAGAAAUGGUCUCGCUCGGUCGCUGGGCUCCACGUCCUUUAUGGUGAAGUCAUCCCAGACUGCUGCUGUCUGAGAGUUUAACUCAUCAGAACACUUGGUGUUAGUGACAUACUCAAUGCAAUAAGAUACGUUCUUGUACUUGAUCAUGUGUAAAGCUUUAUCUUAUAGCCUACCUGCAUUUAUAAGCACGAUAGAAUAUAUAUAUAGAUAUAUAUAUAUAUAUAUAUUUCAAAAAUGCAUGCUUGCUGCUUCUAAUAAGCCAUAUUGGUAUAAGUUAUUCUGGUUAAGUUGUCUCGUAUUUUUUAUUUCAUGUGUAUUUUUGUUUUAUUUUAUUUUUUGUAAAUAUUUGCUUCCUUUUUUAUAUAAAAAAAAAUAUUUAAAAAGAGCAGAUCAGUCACAAGUUCAAAACUAAACAUUAUAUUGUAUAAUUAAACAAACAACUCAUCAACAGUGGAAAUGCCACAAGUAUAUCCGGAACUUGCCAAUUCAUAGCUCUCACAUGCCAUCAACCUAUAUGUUGGACUAAAUAUAUGGUAAUAGAUGUUUGUCCACCAACUGUAAGCAUUUCACUUUAGACAGUCUACUUUUUGUCUCUUCAGCUGUAUGUGGCUUUGUAUUGAUGUGUUCAGCAGAUAUUGAUCGUGUCUAUGUUUUGUGCUUGAAUUCCUGUAUGCACAGAAAUAAAACCUGU